AUGGUUCGAGCAAAAGAUCCAUCCGCCGUGUUUUUAGCCGAAACAUGGGCGGAUGAAGCAAGGCUAAAAGCAAUGCAACGUGAUUUGAAUUUUCAUAAUUUAUUUUUUGUUGAAAGAAAUAAUGAAGGUGGAGGAUUGGCAUUGUAUUGGAGUAAUUCAAUAAAUUUAAAUGUUGAAUCUUAUUCUAAAAAUCAUUUUGAUGCUAUUAUUAACAAGGGUGAAAGGGAUGCUUGGAGAUUCAUAGGUUUUUAUGGCGAGCCAGUGACGCAUAAGCGCCAUAAAUCAUGGGAUAUGCUUCGUCAGCUCAACAACAGAUUCAAGCUGCCUUGGCUCUGUUCAGGAAACUUCAAUGAGAUAGUGAAAAGUUUCAUUGGGUCACAAUUCACUUGGCAGAAACACUUUGCAGAUAGGCACUCCAUUUGGGAAAGAUUAGAUCGAGGCCUUGCAAAUAAUGACUGGUUUAUGAAGUUUGCAGGAACAAAAAUCCACCACCUUACCACCAAUUCCUUGGACCAUUGCCCAUUAUGGAUUGUUCCGAAGGGUCUAGAAAUCCCAAGCAUUACAAAACCAUUUAGAUUUGAAGAAAUGUGGUUAUCUGAUAGAGGAUGUACAAAUGUUGUGGAAGCGGUAUGGGCAUCUCAUGAAGAAGCCGAUCCUAGCAUCAAGGUGAUCAAGAAGAUAAAAAAAUGUGGAAAGGAGUUACAAGACUGGAACCGAAAGCAUUUUGGGAAUGUGAAAAGGGAGCUUGAGAAAAAAAGAAAAUUAUUGAGGGAGGCUGAAGCAGAAGCGAUGAGAACAGGAGUAAAUUUUCGGGUUAGAGAGCUUAAAAAAGAAAUAGAUGAGUUAGUAGACAAAGAAUACAGUAUGUGGUUUCAACGAUCUAAGGUUUUGUGGGCAACCAAUGGAGAUAAGAAUUCUAAGUACUUCCACUGUCGUGCCACCCAAAGGAAGAGAAAGAAUUCAAUCCUUAAAAUAUGCAAAGCUGAUGGGGAAUGGAGUUCAGAUAUGGGCCAAGUAACAGACACACUAACUUCCUAUUUCCAGGAGCUUUAUACCUCGGCAAAUCUACCACCAUGUGAGCCAACCACAGACUCAAUCAACCAAGUGAUCAAUGAAGAGAUGAAUGAACAACUAUUUCGAGAAUUUCAGGCUUGGGAAGUGCAACAAGCUAUAAAACAGAUGGCCCCACUAAAAGCUCCAGGUCCUGAUGGAAAAAAUGGUUUUAUGGCAAUCAAACUUGACAUGAGUAAGGCCUAUGAUAGGGUGGAAUGGCCUUACCUUGCAGCUGUCAUGAAAAAAUUGGGGUUCAAUGAUAGAUGGAUUAAACUACUCAUGUUAUGUGUUACAACAGUAUCCUACUCCAUUCUUGUAAAUGGGGAACCCAAAGGUUUAAUCCAUCCAUCAAAGGGCAUCAAACAAGGAGAUCCCAUAUCUCCAUUCUUGUUCCUACUUUGCACGGAAGGCUUUCUUGGCCUAAUCAGUCAAGCAGCAGCUCAGGGGGAUAUUCGAGGCUAUUCUUUUUCUAGAAAUAGUCCUCGCCUAACCCACCUCUUUUUUGCAGAUGACAGCCUCCUAUUUUGCAGGUCCACAGUUCAAGAAUGCCAAAAAAUCCUAGACAUUCUUGACACUUAUGGCGCUCGGGUCAGCAGAUUAAUAGAAAUAAAACCACCAUCUUCUUCAACAAAUCCACUGAUUAGAGAAUAA